GCUGGCCUUUACGAAGGGGCGUUCGGUUGCGCUCGGGUAACAUCGCGCUCGAUUAGUGGCGCUGCAUCCCUGCCUUGCAACCGUUUCCCAUAAAUCACGCCUGUAUGCAGUGAGUGUCCUGCCUCAUGGGACCUUGGGUUUUUGAACAAACGCCAGACGCACCACCGUCGUCCCGUGCAUCGCCAUCUUCAAGCCAUCAGUUGCAGGGGGGGCAGAAGCUCAAGCCACCCAUGAAGCAAGAAACAAGGAGACCAUCCCCACGUCCCCGUAAGCCACCACUCCUGCCGUUCCGGCCUUCCCACCCCUCUUCUGCUGUCGCUGAGCCUGAUGCGGACGCUGCGGCAAAAAGAGCCGCAGAGUCGAUCGGAGCGGACGAUGAUGCCGCAGCAGCAGGGCUCGUUUCCUCCGCCGCUCAUGACGAGCGCUUGCUACACUUGGCCAAGCUCAUGCUCUCGACCGAGGGACUGGCGAUGAGGAAAAUAACGCUCGAGGGCUACUCCGUCCCCGUGGCUCUGCGCCUGCUCGACCGGCGCCAGCAGCAGCAGCAGCAGCAGCAGCAGCAGCAGCAGCAUCAGCCGCUUGAAGAAAGACACCAGAGCAGCAGGACCACCACCGCAUGCGGAGGAGCAUCAGGAGAAGGCAUCACCUCUCCGUUGCUGGCGAUCACCUGGCUCGACAGUGACACCUUCGGCUUCGACCUGAGGGGCGUCACGAGCAUCCGUCGAGGCCACGAGUAUCACGGGAGCGAGGGGGCGGAGGCGGGGCGCAAGAGGAGCAGGGGCGGCGGCGGCGGCGGCGGGAGCUACCACGAUACGUCGUUGGUGCUGUCGUGGGGUAGCGCGGGGGAAAUAGGGCCGUCCAAGCUUAUACUGGCUGCAGCAUCGCGGGAAUUGCGAGACCUGGUGAUGCUCACCCUGGAGAUGCUAGUGGACGGCCUCCAGGGAGGAGGGGACGAUGAUGUCGCUGCUGGGGAAGAGACAGGGAACACGGCGGCUCCACAUGUUGUACAGCAAGAAAUAGAAGAGGGAGGUAGGGAAGGCGAGCAGGCGGGAUCAAGCGACACCGCACCUGCUGCGCCGACAGCUACAACAACUGCCGCCGCUGACACCGACAGCGACGACGAGGAAGCGGCAGCAAUACUCUCGAGGUUUGACAACGAUGCUGCCGACUGCUCUUUCUUCGCCCCUCUCCAGACCGACCCUCCUUCAUCAGCAAUAUCACACCGCGGCGGCGGUCUCAGGGAACGUCUGUUUUCGUCCGAUGCCGCUGCCGCCUCUGCCGAGCGAAGCAGCCGCCUGCAAGCCAGCUUCGGCUUGCACAGGCGCGGGGUAUCCUUCGGUUCCGCCGGCGCCGACAAGGCAGCGAGUGUUGAUCGUGGUCUUGAGCGCGCUAGCACCGUAGGGGCGUCGGUGAUUGGGCGAGAUCGCGAUGCGGGUCUGGUGCUGGAGCACGAGCAGGAGGCGAGGCGGAGGAGGGAGCAAGCCAUGGCGAGGCUGCUGGCGGUGUACGACAGGGCUAGGGAUGAGUUACAGGCGGCGGCGUGCCGGCUGGGGGCCGUGAAGCUGAAGCGGCUUCUGUCGGGGGCGGCGACGCGUCAGAUCGAGAGGUGCUGGACUCGGUGGUGCGGCGCCGUGCGGCAGGCCAACGACGGCAGGCAAAGGGCGGACCGGCGGCGGUGGUACCUGCACGCCAAGGCUAACCAGAACAACGACCUGCUGGCCUGGUACCACGCCACCUUCUGCCGAGAGGUCUACCGACGCAGAGUGCCAUUCUGGUUCCGCGAGACGAACCUGCGGCCGUACCAGAAGGCUUACCGCAUCGUGGACGACGGGGAUUCUUACACGCCCAUGGAGAGGAGCAUCAUGACCUCCUGCGUCUGCACGGUGGGCACCAAGUACGCGGACGUGGCAGCCCAACUCUUCACCGCCAAGGAAGUCCUCUUCCCCGAGGAGUACAGGCUGUUCCAGGUGCUCGUCAAACGCGGCGCCGAGGUCCCCAAGGCGGCGCCAAAGUCCGGCCGCAGGCUGUCCCACCCCAUGAAGCUCCGCUUGUGGUUCAACCGGGGUGCGCUCUGCCUCACUGCAAAGCGAAGCAAGCCAGACGGCACGGCGAGCAAGGACCACAGCUUCUACCUCUCCAAGGUCAAGACCUGCCUUGUCGCGGUGACGGCAGCCGUCCGAGACUCCGGCGGCUCAAGCAGAAGGGGCAGCAGGAACCACUGCAGCAGCAGCAGCAGUAGCAGCGGCAGCGGCCACAGCGACGCCGCCAUCACCCCGAGGCUCCCGUCGGACGCCAGCGAUAACGCCUCCCCCGCCGGCAGAGGGAACAAGGGUGGGCUGACGACUUCCGCGACCUCGUCGCCGUUGGCCUUGUCGCUGUCGUCAUCACUUCCGUUCUCGGUUCCGCCGAAGCACCUUCCCGGGGCCGCAGGGACGGCGGCGGCGGCGGCGGCGGCGGCGGGGUCCCGGCGCGGUGGUCUGGAGGAGAACACCGCCCACGACGAGGCGGACAGGGGAGCCGGUGGUGGGAACUCCAGAAGCCUCCACGGUAAUGGUCGCGGCGGCGGGUCGGUGGUGCCGCCGCCGCCAGCGGCCAAGGGUCAACGCCCGGAUGGUGAUGGUGAUGCCAGCAGUGUUGUAAAGGCGGGGGAGGAUUGGAGCUCCCAGCAGGCGUGCGUGAUGUCGAUCCACUUCUUUGGCCGGACGAUUACGCUGGACCUGUGGUUCGCCAGCGAAACCGAGGCGGUCGAGUGGCAGGGAUUGCUGACCAAGCUGUCCUGGAAGGAGCAAGGCUAUCUAUACGGGGCCCCGUCAGGAGACUCGGGUGGGGGAGGGGGCCACGCGGGAGGGCAUUCCCGUGAGGUUGCGCCGGGGGGGGGGCGUGACGCGGAGGGGGCUCACGGGGAUAGAAAAAGUGGGCGCGGCGGCGGCGGCAGCGGCGGCGGCGGCAGCGGCGGCGGCGGCAUUGAUGGGAAUGGAGGACGGGGGACGGCGCCAGCAAAUACCAGAUCGACGGGCUGUUCGUCGUCCACUCACAGGCCAACGUCGCCGCCCCUUUACGUGCUGUGAGAUUGGGUGCAGUGUUUGCGUUCUGUUUUUGAGGGGGGGGGGGAUAGAGUGGGACGCCCCGCCCGCAAUCCAAUCAGAAAAACGACGCGUGUUGUGUGUUUGCGAGUGUGUGUGCGGCGGGGCCCCGGCCGUAUGUUGCGGCCGGGGAGGGAAGACAGGGCUGCGUUCGGCAGGUUGGGGGGUUCUAGAAUAUGUUUUAAGCAGAGGAGCGAACGGCCCCUUAUCUCCACACACAUGUAUUUGUCCAUGGUAAGUGAACAGGCAAGCGUUGCUUUGCAUGUUCAAGAUGGAAAUACGGGGGGGGGGGGGGGGNGGGGGGGGGGGGGGGGGGGGGGGGGGGGGGGGGGGGGGGGGGGGGGGGUUGCUUGAUGGUCGCAAAGGUCUCGCCAGCUUUUCGAUGUUUAGGUGUACGCCGGAACCUAGCACGGGGGGGCUUCGUCGAUCAUGCAUUGGGGGGGGGUCGUUCAUGCCCCCUGCCCUACACGCUUUCAGCUUACUUCAAGCAAUUGUCACACAUGCCAGCUUCUUUUGUUUUCUGUGACCCCAUGUGUUAGGAGUGAUAGUCCAGAACAUGAUUGCUGCGCGUGGCUCAUUCGCCGCGGGUGUCGCCGAUAACCGGCUCCGUGUGCUAUUUUGUUGCGACUCUUGUGGUUUGGAGCUUUCCUUGGCAGACUCAUUGCAUGCGCUCAGGCUCUUGGAGUGUUGGGGGUUCCGUGCAUGCAUGCGGGUGGGGCACCGCGUGGCAAAUAGCAUGGGUUCAGGGCAAUCGAAUUCGAAGUUUUUUCGAAGGAGUGUCGAUAUCAUAUGGGGCACGCAGUACGAAUCACAUGCAAUACCAAAGGCGGAGAAAAAUCUGCAGGUAUUCAUGCGUACACUCCUGGGUUCGGUCGUGAAGAAAAUCUUCGUUUUUCAGAUGCAAGUCAAAUUGUCAAGUUGUGCCGCGUUCCGGUUCGUGGGAAGGUCGGUAGUCAUAAAAAAAGUCCAAUUGGCAUCGCGUCAUGCCGUUAUGUGUACCAUUAUCACGUUGGAGGAUGUGUGGGGAGUUCCGGGUCGUCACUCCCAAUAGUGUACCGCGUGUAGGGGGGGGUGAUGGUGGCAUUGUUGAACGCACGACUGCGUAGAAGGGUAAAGCAUUGGUAACUUGAAGCGUAACGGGGAAGGGCUAGCACCCGUCGGUUGUCACUACUACCCCGAUCUAUCGGUCGGCGGCGCUGUUGAGGGUUAGCCACUCGGCAAGCUUUGGAAUUGGCGUGGUUUUGCGAGCAUGUGUUGAUUGCCUUUGUUCGCCGGGGCGCGGUGCUUGUCGCAACUGCGAAUGGCUUGCGUUCCCGUGUCGGUGCCGUGUUACCGCGGCAUGCCAGUUGUGGCCUUUCAUUUCCUUCGUCGCAUUGUGAUUGUGUGAUUGACCUUCCUCCUCUGUUGACCCCGGCUGAUCGGUCAAACGCGUACACAGUGGUGCGAUUAGUAGGCUGGCGGCAGAAUACAUGGGACGAAUACACACAUACACACACACACACACACACACACACACACACGUGUUGCAACCGCUG